UAGGGGGCGGGGCGGGGCCGGCCGCGCAGGGGUCGUCUGUCUGCUCCGGGAGAGUUAGGGCUCGGAUCCGAGCGCACGGAGCGGCCGGGGCCGGGGCGCGGAUGCUGGAAGUUCACAUCCCGUCGGUGGGGCCCGAGGCCGAGGGGCCCAGGCAGAGCCCGGAGAAAGGCCACAUGGUGUUCCGAGUCGAGGUGUUGUGCAGCGGACGCAGACACACGGUGCCGAGGCGCUACAGCGAGUUCCACGCGCUGCACAAGCGGAUCAAGAAGCUGUACAGAGUGCCCGACUUCCCCUCGAAACGCCUGCCCAACUGGAGGACCAGAGGGUUGGAACAGCGCCGGCAGGGCUUGGAGGCCUACAUCCAGGGCAUCCUGUAUCUAAACCAGGAGGUACCCAAGGAGUUACUGGAAUUCCUGAGACUUCGGCACUUCCCCACAGACCCGAAGGCUAGCAGCUGUGGCUCCCAGCAGCACCAGCGGCCUGUCCUGGGGUUCCAUGUGGAUCCCUAUGUGUGCACCCCCUCCCCAGAGCCGCUGCCCAACGUGGUGGUGGAUGGUGUGCUCCAGGGCCUCUCCGGCUUCAGCAUCAGCCCAGUUAAAGCCCAGCCAAAUGAUGCCUGUCACCCUGCUCCUCUGCCACCUACGUCCUGAUCAGUCCAGAGGCCUCUGGCCACCUCCUAGGACAGUCAUGUGCCUCCAUCCUAUCAAGUCCAUAUAGGGCUAGGUCCUCCCUUAGUCUGGACCCAGGACUUAACUACCCAGUGCCCAGCUGUGCCACAUCCCACUCAAGGCUCAGAACUUGACUUGCACUGGUGGCUGGAGGUGGAAUUUGCACGUUCUUAGAGCGCAGGAGCCAAGGCAGGGUCAAGAAGAUAAGCAAUAAAGGAAGAAGUCAGCUGUGCACGGAGGCCCACGCCUGUAAUCCCAACACUUUGGGAGGCCAAGGCAGGAGGAUUGCUUGAGCUUGGGAGUUUGAGACCAGCCUGUGCAACAUAGUGAGACCUGUCUCUACAAAGAAAAAAAAAGUCAAUUUAGAGGUAGGCUAUGAAAAGGUACAGGUAUAUUUCUUCACAUAGACCGGAGGGUGGUGGCGAGGGGGGCAAAUGUGGAGGCCUAGUAGCCGGUGAAGUUUAGAAGCAAGGGGCAAAAGCUCCUGCCUGACUUUUCCUGGGUAGCUCCUGGGUCCAAGUUUCAGGCAGGAUCCCAGGGAAGGGGCAGGCACCCACUGCCGCAGGAGAAUGGCAGGCCUGUUGAGGGGUAGGCUUGGGGGAAGUACCGCAGACUCAAGAACCAGGCCUACACGUUACAAAAAAAACCCCCACAUUUUGUUUUUUAAUUGGUCAGUGUUGGCAGGAGUUUGUUACAAAACUGGGUCCAUGGGCCUGUGGAAUGUGAGGGGAGUGGGUCCACCAGAUGCCAGCACCGGGGCCAGUGCAGCUCAGAGCCCUGUGGCGGACUAGCUUCACCCCCUGGAGGGCAACAGGGCCUGCAGAGACGGUCACGAAAAGGAAGAGGUCCCUGGGCCCUACUCCUUGGCGAUGGCAAAGGGCUUCUCCACCUCGAUCUUGCCACAGUCUGCGAUGAUCACAUCCUUCAGGGGUUUGUCCCGGCUGUCUGUCUUGGUGCUCUCCACCUUCCGCACCACCUCCUGGAAAGAAAAGGUAGAAGCAGGAGGGCACAGUGGGUCAGGAGGUCCGCUGCUCGGGAGAAGGGCCCCAGCGUACGGCUCAGGAGGGCUGAGACCCAUAAGUGAUCAACAGCACACAAAACUGGAGGCACCAAAAUUCUAACAGACUCCUAGCCAGGGCGCUAGGCCAGGGCAUGGAGAACACAGAUUUGACAAGGGCAUGCAGGAGUUUUGUUCCUUUGAAGUAAGAGGCAGGUUGGGCCAAGGGCGAGGAAUAGGGUGAGCAGGGAAGGUGGCUUCUCAGGGACAUCGUGUUCAGCUGCACUCUGGACGCCUCAGCGGUGGGACCAGCACAUCACUAAGUGUAUGAGGGGAGAGGCUCUGGCAGCUAUGCAGCCUUAACAAGGCUUCCUGGCGGGGCUCUGCGGGGCUGGAAGAUUGAGAACCUUGGGCCCAUGGAGCUGCAGGUUUAUUCAGGACAGGAGCCCUGGGCCACACCUGUGGGUUGGGUCCUUUUGGGAGAGGGAUGGACGCAUGGAGCUCCUGCCCUGGGGCCUGUGUUGAAUCCCUAUGAGGACUGCCCAGGUAUAGCCCUUGCUUCCAGAACUUACCAUGCCCUCUAGAACUUUGCCGAACACCACAUGCUUGCCGUCUAGCCAGGCUGUCUUGACUGUAGUGAUGAAGAACUGGGAGCCGUUGGUGUCUUUGCCUGCGUUGGCCAUGCUCACCCAGCCAGGCCCAUAGUGUUUCAGCUUGAAGUUCUCAUCAGGGAAGCGCUCACCAUAGAUGCUCUUUCCUGGGAAAAAAGACAGAGUAGGUCGGGGAAGCUGGAUUGGGCCAAACCAAGCAGACAUUCGGGGCAAGGACUGAGGGGCUCAAGCUGUCCUCUGUGCCAGGCUGGGGACCUUCUAUCCUCAGAGCCAAGCCAUGCUGACUGAGACCAAGUGGGGCAUCAGGCCAGGCUGAUGUGGUGAACAGCUCGUAAAAGGAUUACUUUGAGAGGAUAGUUUUGUGGCUUUUAAAUAAGGCACAUGUUAUCAGCUCCCCUCAGCUAGGGUUCGGGCCUGCCACAGAGGGACUUUGGUGGAGGGAGGUGCUGUGCAGGAUGCAGGGCAGUCAAUGGGGUCUGAACUCUCCAGAAGAGGAGGACUGCUGUGGCUGGCCAGCCUGUUUUCCUGUGAGUACAAAAGACACAGGCAUAGCUGCAGAGGAAAAAGCAGCCAGAGAUGGGUGGGGAGAGGCUGCUCCUUGGGUUCUGGAGAGUCAACAUCUCUUAAUAAGGAAUGAACAGGAAUAAAAGGCAGCUGUGA